AUGAAACCCUCGACAAGCGAUGAGAAACAAGACGAUCUUUUGGCCCUUACAAAACAUCUAAAAGACGUAAACGUAUUCGACCAAAGGAAGCUGCCAUCCGUGAUUCAUGGCAGAAAGGCUAGCACGUAUCUGCGAGUAUUUCAGGACGAUGAAAAUGGCCCCAGUGUCGAGACAGCGGAGGGAUCAAUUCCACUCGACACCGCAACCAGUCACCCUGCCAGAAAUGUUCUCCCGCAUCAUAGUCAACAUCAAGACCAACGUCAUCAGCACCAGCAUCAUCACCACGGUUGGAGGGUUAAUGUCUUUGACAAAAAACCAGAAAAGCGCAUAGCCUUGCCCAGAAGGCACUCAUCGUCAGUAUACGACAGUGUGUCUCGAUUUAGACACGGUUUCCUCCGGGACAAGCUAACGAAUCCGGCAUGCGGGCGUAAAAACAUCAUGUUGUCAAGGAGGGGUCCCGGUACAAACUCCACGUACAGGGUUUUUCCUCCUAAUGUUAACGAGGCUGGGCAUUCUCCACAGCGUGAAAAACAGCAAAUGGCACAAGGUAUCAAGGGUCCAGGCAGAAAAGCAAAACCCCCUGCAGAGUCACCUCGAAGUGCGGAUGAGAUAGACAAAGGACUCGAGAAAAAGGACCAAGAACAGCUCCUGAGGCUCAAACCCAUAUCUUCCGCGACAUAUUAUCCCCACCAGUCGAAGAUCGAGAAUAUCGAGGUUGUAGGACGGGUGGUGGAGCCACCGCUCGCAUGCUCGGCGCCUACUUUACCUCUAUCAGCAACGACAGUUCAAAGACAGGCUGUGAUAUCUGAAAAUGUGACUCUCGAACAAACGCGACAUAAACAAGAGGCCGCCGAGAUGCAGCACAACGAUCAUGAUGAAGAUAAUGGUGGAGAUGAUUCAGGGGAUGAAGUUUAUCCUUUGGCUGUUGAAUUACAACCCUUUACAAACAAAGUUGGGGGACAUACGGCAAUAUUCAGAUUUUCAGAAAGAGCAGUUUGCAAGGCUCUUGUAAAGAGAGAGAACAUGUGGUAUGAAAACAUAGAACAGCAGCACCAGGAACUGCUUGAUUUCAUCCCGAGAUAUAUCGGUGUUUUGAACGUGAGACAGCACUUUAACUCCGAAGAAGAGUUCCAGAAAGAGGUUGAACGAGAAAAGAACGCUAAGCUCGCAAAGAAGCAGCAGAAACUCGAUUCAAUAUCUAAUAGUUCUAAAAAGCCCCAUGACAUAAUGCACUCAAGUCCAACACCGGAAUUUAAAAACCCAGAAGUAGUUCUGGAUGACAACAAACACAUAAUACCAGAUUCUUUGUGGUACAAGUAUUCCCAUUCGCCUGAAUCGGCUCCCAGCGAUUCAUAUCUUUCUUCACACAGUCUCGAACAUAAAGGAUCUGAAUUUCGGCACUCCGGCUCGACAGUGGUAAACACCAAGUUACAGGAACUGAUUUUGAGAGAAGUUUUCGCUCCGACCAAGCGGAAACCUCAUCCUCGUGUCUCUUCGUUGAAUGAGAAGUUAGGUAGUAAAGGGAGUGCGUCUUCAAGCAGCCUUGUCGCCCUCAAUUCAAAUGUGCGGAGAAACUCGGAAGAGUCGAAAAGAAUAGGUUUGAUACCGCCUUCGUCUCCCUUACUUACUCAUGCUGAUAAAGCCCAUUUGACGAAUGCAAUUGAUUCUCAUAGUUCCACCUUGGACUUGAAGCAAUUUCACCUUCGCAAAUUGGCUCAGAACGCCGGCACUCGUAGUUAUGCUGAUGGAGAAGGGUCUACUCUAGGAGACACUCUACACAAAUCAAAUUCUCUGCGAAGUGAAUUAAGUGAUACGGUGGUGGAGGAAGAGGAGGAAGAAGGUCGAGAUGGAGAAGGAGAAGGAGAAGAAGAAAUAUUUGCUAUGGAAGAAGAUCUUUCGCCGACCAAGGACACAUCCAACCAUGAGUCUGUUUCAUUUGAGGAGAAGUCCCAUACAAUCGUUUCAAAAUUCAUAUUACUCGAGGAUUUGACGCGAAAGCUUGAUAAACCAUGUGUAUUAGAUUUGAAGAUGGGUACGCGGCAAUAUGGUGUGGACGCUCAUAAAGUCAAACAAUUAUCCCAGAGCAAAAAGUGCCGGCAAACGACCUCAAGGAAGUUAGGCGUUAGAAUCUGUGGGCUCAAAAUUUGGAAUCAAGACUACUAUGUCAAGCGGGACAAGUAUUUCGGAAGACGGGUUCACAUCGGUUGGCAAUUUGCUCGCGUUCUUGCGCGAUUUCUAUAUGAUGGUAAACAUAUCUCCAGUAUUUUGAGGCAGGUUCCCCAACUGAUCAACCAACUAGACACACUCUAUGCAGAGGUUCUAAAGUUGAAGGGGUAUAGACUUUAUGGCUCUUCUUUACUCUUCAUAUACGACGGCGACAAUGUGAACAGAAAGCGAUGCAACGUUAGGGUUAAUCUGAUAGAUUUCGCUCAGUGCGUUACUCGAGAUGAUGUAUCGAUGCGCUACGAAACGUUCCGUAUAGCUCCUGAAAAGCCGGAAGCUGAGGAUCGUGGAUUUUUGCGGGGAGUUAAAAGUUUGAAGUUUUACAUUCAAAACGUUUGGAAUUAUCUAACCAACAAUAGCCCUCUGCUCUACGAUGAUGCUCUCCUGGCGUACAUUGACAGAAAUUCGGAGAGCUUCAACAAAUCAUGGGAUUGGCUCGACGAUUUUGACAAAGAGUCAGAACUCGAGUUCGACGAUCCUGAAAGCGCAUUACGAAAGAAAUGGCGGAAGUAUGAACUUAUAUUUGACGUUGAACCGCGCUAUAUGGACGACGCUGAAGUCAGUGAAUAA